CACGUGUCCCAACCCCCUCCAUAUCAUGUGAUUCAGGUGUUCCAAUCCCCUCCCAAUCAUGUGAUUCAGGUGUUCCAAUCCCCUCCCAAUCAUGUGAUUCAGGUGUUCCAAUCCCCUCCCAAUCAUGUGAUUCAGGUGUUCCAAUCCCCUCCAUAUCAUGUGAUUCAGGUGUCCCAAUCCCCUCCAUAUCAUGUGAUUCAGGUGUCCCAAUCCCCUCCAUAUCAUGUGAUUCAGGUGUCCCAAUCCCCUCCAUAUCAUAGUCAAUAGCUAAAGACCUCCAAACUUGGUGUGGCCUUCAGAUGAGCCCAACAACAGUGCGUAGAGAGCUUCAUGGAAUGGGUUUCCAUGGC